AUGAAUUCUCAUUUAAACAUUUCUUCAACAACUUUGGAUCGCAAAAAGUCCUCGAAUAGCAUCAAUUCAUUAAACACCUACAACACUCUAGCUACAAUGGAUACAUCAAAUACUCUAACCACUAUUUCUUCCAGCUCAAACCAAAGUUCUUUAAUAAUUUCAAAAAAAAGUAGCUCCAAUAAUAUGUCAAAUAAUAAUUCAAGUUUGCAUUUUACUCCUCCCCAAUAUCAAUCAUUUUACUUGAAUGAUCCUUGUAUCAAUCCAGAUAUUCUCCUUGAAGAAGAAGAGGACUAUAACUUGGAUUUGGAAUUAUAUGGUCCUCCUUGGACAAAAGAAGGCCUAUUAAAGAUUAAAAGAUUUGAAAAACCAAAAUUUUUUUCUCUGUAUAAAUAUAGCAAAAGUUCCAAUGACAUUUCAUCUUCUUAUUCCAAUCCAAAUAAUCCUAACAGAAAUAGAAUAUCUUCUCAUAAAUACAACAGUGUACAUCACUCUUUUUCAAAUAUCAAAUGGAAAACUAAUUUUUCUGUUGUUUCCAGAGGAGAAUUGAAAUUGUUUUCGUUUGAUAUAAAUGGUGGUUCAAAUGGUCACAACAACAAUCGUCACAACAACUCGACCAAUCAUCCACACAAAUUGAAAAAAAAAUUAUCAAGAUUAAGACUAACUGAUAAAUCUGAAAAACAUAAAAAUGUAGAUGGCGAAAUUGGUGAUGGUAAUUGGAUGAAAAACGCAAAUGAAGCUGGUUCUUAUAGCUUAUAUUCAACAUAUGCCAAGAUUAUUCCAGAUGGCAAUAUUUCUGACCAAAAAUUCAAAACAAAUGAACUAGAAACGUUUUGGGCUUUGAAGCUACCUAGCACAAAUAACCAAACUAACAACUGUUUUAAUCUAACAAACUCAAUUGUUGAUGGAAUGAAAGAUCCCCUACUUGCCUCUCACAAUCUAUUAACAAUAUACAAUGAGAAUAUUUUGAUAUUUUCUGCGGGCACUAAAGAAAUUGCAGAAGAAUAUGUUUUCACCUGCAACUUCUGGGCUGCAAGACUAACUGCUAUACCAAUCGAGUCUGAGGCUAUUUCAAAUAAAGAGUUUGGCUGGGGCUCAAUAUUAAAAGAAAAUGAUAUAACCAAAAUACUAUCAACUAAAAUCCAUAAGUGGGAGCCCAUGCUACAAAGUUUGACACAAUCUAAUAAUACAAUGAAAAAGCAAUUAGUUGAACUCUAUAAAUACGUUCAGGUUUUGGAAGAUUUGAUUGGGGAUCAUAUUAAAAUAAAAACCGACAUUGAAAAAUUUUUUAAAGAAAAGUUUUUCAGUGCCUCUUCAGCAUGCAACCAAAGAGUCGAAAAUACCUCCAUCUAUAGUACAAGCAGCAGAUCAACAACAAACACCUACUCCCUUCAUAGUACUAAAUUGUACAAACUGAUUAUGGUAAACUGGAAUAAUAAAUAUAGCUAUUUGAUAAAUGAGCACAAUCAAUUUAAAGAUUAUGUACUCACUUUGAAGGAAGCAAUUGAUAUAAAAGAUAAAGAAAUUUUAAAAACAUCAGGAAGAGCUUAA